UAGUCUAUCAGUAUCGCCUUUGCUUAGCCCUCAUCUUCGCGCCUUAAUCUUCGCGCCUACGAUGCGCCAUUAUGUUUGCCCCCUUUUCGCGCCUAAGAUGCGCCAUGUUUUUGCUACAAAAGGGUGAAGUUCACUAUCUGUUAGCCAUUCUACAUUCUCAAUCUUCACUGACGAGAUCCUGAUGAUCGAAACAGCUGCUGUCUGAAGGAGCAGAUUACCAACUGAAGUGUCGUUUUGCUGAUGGUGUGCUGUGGAAACGUGUUGAGGUCGGCCGGAGAGCGCAACGGUGUGGUGUGGUGGUUGAUAAGAAUCAGGAUUUGCGUGAGAUUGAUAUUGUCGUCGCUGUGAAAAAUCGGUAUUUGAAACGCCUCCAAAAUCACCGUUUGUUGAGCUGAUUGACCACAACGAGCCAUUUCUACUAAUUUUCUAGAUAAUCAGCUGAACGCUGAUCGAAGGUGAAAUGAGCCUGCGGACAACUACUAGUCUCUCUUUAUGGGUUGCAUUGUUGUGGGUGGUCUCGUUUCGUAGUGCUCUCUCCAGGACCGUCCUUUCAGGAGAGCACCCCAGUACUGGAAAUGGAACAGGUGAUACUGAGUCGUGUAUGGCACGAGUUCUUCAUCUACUACCAUUUACCGCUCUUCGUCUCAGCAUCCAUGAUACAGAGGCUGUGCUAAUUGGUUUACGUCACCCCAUUGAUCAGCUCAACUCCGCAAAUGCUGACAGAGCACCACUAUCUGCGUUCUUAGGUGGACGGCAGAAUGCUGAUUUGCUGGUACAGUGUCUGAGUGGUCAGCUUGAGCAAUGUCGACAAAGUCCCCAGUGUAGCGAUGCUGGGAAGUGCAUUUUGACACGUUCUAUACAAGGGAAAGGCUCAUACACUUGCAAAUGUGAUGAUGGUCAUACUGGACAGUUUUGCCAGACAGUACUGCCAUCCUGUUCUGGUAAUCCAUGUCAGAACGGUGCAACAUGUCAACAGAGAGGAUCAUUAGUUCAUUGUCACUGCCCACCAUUGUAUAUUGGAAAACGUUGUGAAGAAAAGUGGUUUGAUGCAGCUAAGUUUAAACAGCAAUCCAACACAUUACAUCAAGUCAGUGAGGAUGUUCAACAACUGAAACAUGAGCUACGUGCUGGAAGACAGGAUGAUAUCAAUCGUAUUGAUUCAUAUCUUCAAGAACUGGGUACAAAGAUUCUUACUAAUGUAAACUCCACCAUGAAUCAGAUGUCAUCUCAGGUUGCCGCCCUGAAUGAAAGGCUUAACGAAGUCGAGGGAAGGCAAGAAGGGUUAUUUUCUUGUCAGAGAACCGACUCCGGUCCGUCAAAUGUAUUCCUCGGCAGAAAAAUGACUACACUUUUCACUGCAUACUGUGAUCGAGAGACUGAUGGAGGUGGCUGGAUUGUGUUUCAGAGAAGACAAGAUGGCUCAGUGGACUUUUACCGUGACUGGAAUGCAUACAAGCGAGGAUUCGGAUCAGCGUCUGGAGAGUUCUGGCUGGGUCUAGAUACACUACACUAUCUGACGUCACAAGCUGGUAGUACUUAUGAACUGCGUAUUGAUAUGGUGUUCAAGACAACUGGAGAGAAGCAUUAUGCCAAGUGGUCAACAUUCCGUGUUGAAGGUGAAGCUGACAAUUACAGACUACAUGUUUCAGGAUUCUCAAGCCCUACAUUGCAAGACAGAAUGAGUUACCACAAUGGAAAACAGUUCAGUACUCGAGACCGUGAUCAUGACGCAUGGAGUCGUCAUGGCUGUUCUAAUGCAUGGAAGGGUGGUUGGUGGUAUAACCAGUGUCACCGUGUCAAUGUCAAUGGAUUGUAUGGACGUAGUGAUGGAGACUACACUGGUGUAGUGUACUGGCAUAACGGGAACAAAAGUUUGAAGUUUGUGGAAAUGAAGCUAAGAAAGCGUGGAUAA